GGCGGCCGGCAAGAACUAGUUUUUCAUGUUCCAGCAAGGUGCGUUGUCGGACGUAUGCACAAAGACUUGAGUAGCCUUGGAUUAUCUUUAAGCAACUGGCGCCAGGUGUUAAGUUACUUACAACGGAAACAACGGAAGAGUCUUGUUGACACUGACAAAAGUUCAACUCCCUGAUCUGGAACAGCGAAGACAGCUUGAAAGGGCGAGUCAACGAAUUCGGAUCGGGGGUGGAUUUGUACACAACUCACUUUCUAGGAACAGCGGAAGACAGACUUAAACAGGACAGCUAAAGAUGGCGGCAUGUUGCUCGUGUCAGGACGGGGCCCUGGACCAUGAAUACGCCUCCAACACGUCCCUUCACGGCCCGGGAAACAUCAUAAACGCCAAGCGUCCCGCCCACCGGGCUGUCUGGGUCGUGCUGUUCCUGGCGGCUUUUGGCGUGGCCGUGUGGCAGAUCUCCGAAAGGUUCGUGGCAUAUUUCAGCUACAACACCGUGACCAGUGUGAAGGUGGAGUUCAAGGACGAGUUAGACUUUCCCGCCGUCACCAUCUGUAACUUUAACAAGUUCCAGCUCUCCAAGGUGACGCCGAGCGAGCUGAAUUACAUUACGGAGGUUCUGGACCUCUCGACCGGCUUCGAGGGAGACGACACUGGCGAGUUGGGCUUCGACUACGACGACUACGAAGAGGAGGGCUUCGGGCCUGAGGAGGACGACUACAGCCUCAACGUCUCAGCCAUCCCCUCAAACUUCGACCUAGCGGAUUUGACCCUAAAUGCAGGGUUUGUGCUGGACGAGACAACUUUGCAAGACUGCAGGUGGAGAGGAAAGAGGUGCUAUGCAGAUAACUUCACGCAUGCGUUCACUUCGUAUGGAAACUGCUGGACGUUCAACAGCAACGACGACAAAAUCUUGCGGCAAACCAUCCCGGGGUCAGGCAACGGGCUGUACCUGGUCAUCGACGUGCAGCAGGAGCAGUACACAGAGAAACCGCCAUCGGGAAACUCUGACGCGGGGCUGAAGUUCCUGGUCCACCCGCUCGCCGAACCGCCCAAGAUCGACUCCCAGGGCACGGCCGUCCAGCCCGGGACACAUGCGUACGCCAGCAUACAGAACAUCCUCUACAAGAACGAGAUCCCGCCGUGGGGUACGUGUGACCCGACCUGGAGGCUGGAUAAUUACGACACGUACACGAAGACCGGCUGUCUGCUGGAGUGUCGGGCCGAGUGGGUCAAGAAGGACUGCGGCUGUAGGACAGUCAGCAUGCCGGGAAACGCGACGUACUGCUCGCCGACUCAGCUGACUCAAUGUGUGAAAACAGUUGUAGGAAAGCUGGCGGACGGGCGGUACCCGUGCGAAUGCCCGACGCCCUGCGUGGCCAACACGUUCCCGACGACCGUGUCGUACGCGGCCUGGCCCAGCAUCAGUGCGCAGGACUACUACACCAACCUGUUCAACCACACCGCGGAAUACCUGCAGCGUAAUUUCGUGGUGAUGGAUUUGUACUACGCGCAGCUCAACUACCAAGAAGUCAUCCAAACGCGCCAGUACACGGUCGGGUCAUUCCUGGGUGAUUUUGGAGGACAGCUGGGCCUGUUCCUGGGCGCCAGUGUCAUCACCAUUGCAGAGUUCAUAGAGUACAUCGUCAUGAAGGUCACUCAACCCUGCUCCUCACGGGGCAAGCGCAGAACGGAUACGGAAAUGACGUCAUUAGGAAUAGAUACGAAGUCUAACCAAAGCUCCCCUCUCAGUUAGCUGGUAUAUACGUGUAUUUACACACGUGAUCAUGAUUUUUAUAUCGGUCAAAAAUCGUAUCUAUCUUAGCAACGAAAUAUUUCGUUUAAAAAGAAGUGUCCUUUAAUUUGUUAUGUUCUUCGUUUAUUUUAAUCAUGUCAUAAGGUAAUUCAUGUUACCUCUAAAUUUAAAAUACAAACUUCGAAAGUUAUGUGUGUCAUAUAUAUAUUGCGUAAUAUUCAAAGUACAUUGUAUAGUUCAUUGUAAUGAAGGAAUGAAAUUCAACAAGCUAUUCAUACAAUGCAGUAUUCGAACAAAAACACUAAAUACAGAUGUAGUUCAUUUAGUCAUUAAAAACAUCGUGGUAUAGAACAAAAAGUUCAAGGACAGAAGUACACAUACGUGUAUUAUGCCAUACAUGUAUGUUUACUUCUGUCCUUGAACUUUUUCCUUGGCAUAACACAACAUAUACUACAUGUAUAUAGAGCAAAACAGUUGUGGUUUAAGAGCUGCCAUACCUCCGAAUAACUGAC